AAAUUAAAGGAACCUAAGCUGGGCAAGAGGGCAGCAAAAAUGCAGUCUUCAGUUGAGGCAAAGAGAGUGCACGUUGAUGAGAAAGUACACGUACCUGGUCUGAUCGUGUUAGAACCAGAAUGCUUCAAUGGAUCCAUCAACGAUGUAUCGAUUCUGCAGAACUCUGUUACUGCAAGUCACUUAAAGAUGGAAUGCUAUCACAGGCUGCUGGUUGAACAGCAUUCUCGCCGCAACCCAGUCUACAGGUGUCGGGUGAUGAUUGACAACAAGGUCGUCUCUGAAGCUACCGGUCCAUCGAAGCCUGGAGCCAAGGAACUCGCAUGCAAACUCGCCUUGGAUACACUCAGGAAAACUCAUCCAGUCAUUAAGGUUCACGAUGCAGCAAAUAUUCCAAACGUGUUCUUGUCAGACCUGAAGAGUUCGGAACAAACCGAUCGCUUGGGGUCAAACAAUAUAGGCAUGAAGAUGUUACAGAAUAUGGGAUGGACCGGAGGAGGCAUUGGAAAAAAAGGAAGUGAAGGCAUCAAGGAUCCAAUAACUGUACAUGACAUAUACCAGGGACAUAGGGGGCUAGGCCAUGUGGGUUCCAGCACCAAACUGCUAGCAAAGGGAGUUAAGAAGCUGCUCACCGAUUACAUACAGUCAUAUGAAGAGAAUGAUCUUGUGUUUUCCUUGGAGCUCUCGAAGGAUGAGAGAGAGUUGGUUCGCCAGGCUGCUCAGAAGUUGGGACUGAAAAGCCAAACCAAGAACAGGUAUCUAACCAUAAAGAGAAAGCAGCACCCCACCGAGAUCCUGCACCAGCUGGUGGUCAAUGGAGGGCGCUACGGUCGCUACGAGCUCAUCUCGAAAGCUGGGGGGGAGUCACAGGCAUUGAACUACAAAGACAAGCUGGAAUCGUUGUCAAACAGCUAUCCCAAGAGGUUGAUGGGUGAGGUCAGAACAUUGGCAGCGGACAAUGGUGAACUCUUGAAAUAUAGAGGCAACACUGUAGCCUGUAUGAGGUCUGAAGAUGGCAGCACCUGGGAUUCACGCCGGCAAAUGUUGGACGCAAAGCGGCGUAAACUCCCGCAGCCAGUCACGGUCAUGAUGAAAUCCACGUAUGGUCAACAGACCUUUGUCGGCAAGAGAGGAAACCAUGACGAUUCUCCACCAGGUUACAGGGAUGUGCUGGCGACGCAAGGACAUAGUGCGGUCAAACGAAAGAGAGAACGUGAAAUUCUCCCCGUGCAACCGAAACGCCAGUGCUCCAAAUCGGAACGAAUGACCUCCCCGGUAGAGCCACGGUCGAAACGUCAACACUGCAAACCACAACGAACCCACACGUCGGUGGAACAAUCGUCUAAACGUGAACGAAGCCCCGACCUGAAAGAACAACGCUUCGAUCGCCACCAAUGGGAAUGUGAACGGCGAAGCUACAAGCCUGAGCGAACUCCUGACCUGGAAGAACUACGUUCCGAACGGCAACGGCGGGAAAGUGACCGCCAACUCCCCAAAUAUGAAAGAACUCUCAAAGUGGAAGAACCACGUUCCGAACAGCAACGUCGGGAAAGUGAACGCCGGCUCUCUAAACACGAACAAACUACCAAAGUGGAAGAACCACGUUCCGAACGGCAACGUCGGGAAAGUGAACGCCGACACUCCAAAUAUGAACGAACUCCCGAACGGGAAGAGUCACGUUCUGAACGGCAGCGCGGGGAAAGUGAACGCCGAAACUCUAAACACGAACGAACCCUGCCAGAAGUUCAGCGCUACAGAUCCCGACGAACCCCCAGCCCGGAGGAACCGCGACCCAAACGAACAGCAGACGUGGAUGAACCGCGAACUGCCGAACCUUCGUCGGGUCGCCGCAGUGCUCACGAGCAUAAGCGAAUAGGAUCAGUUUGCGCGCGAGCCCACCACACCCGGUAGCUAGGCAAUAUAGUCACAUGUAUUGCAUGCAUCUAGUAUAUAGCACAUGAUGCCACCAUGCACACUUGUUUCAUUAACUUCAAAAAAGAAAGAAAUACUUUCCAUGAUGGCACUUUUGAGAGUUAAGAGCUUGCAAGCGCACGUCAUUGUUUUUAUCAAUGAGCCAUCGUCGUUAAAUGAAGUUCAUUAAGUGAAUAAAUAAAUCAUAUAAAUAUACUGACAGUUGAACCGAGUACCAGCCCUUUCUUGAACAUUUGUAUCGUCUGUAAACUAUAAUUAAAGUCAGGAAUCAGCUGGCUGCUUCAUACUGCCAAGUCGUUGAUAGACAGAUAAUUAUUGAUAUAAAAAACUUCUGAUACUGUGGGAAGAUUUCAAUUUCAGUCGGUAACUGUCGUCUCAAUGUUUCUGCUAUUAACGGCCGAGUGAUUAACUGAAUUUAGAGUGAUAGCGGCAAUAUAAGCGUAGGUUUGACGUACUACUAGAUCAAUUUGUACGAGUUUUUCAUGCAUCCGCGUCACAUUAUCUACCUUGCAGCACUUCGUUGCUAAGCUGCGGGUUUCAAACGCCCCUAUCACAACAAUGAUUGGCUAGAGCUACCUGCUAAUCAUGCAGCUUGCUCGAGAUGGAUAGGUCAUUUGAACCCUUAGUUUAUAGUUUAUUUAUAGCACGUGUACCCCUGUUUUAUUAACCUUUGCGUUUUCUCUCACGUAACGGGCAGACUGGUGUCUGGUUCUGUGGGUGCAGUCGCAUGGGUUCGCUACGUGCCACGCAGGGCUCCUAGUGGGCUACGGCGGUACUACAGUGUCGUCGCGAUCCGGGACGAUAGAGCUAAUCAUAGCCGUGGUGCGGUCGUCUCUGUCUUCGGCUGGAAGAAGUUGUAAGCUCCUCGUCGUGCUGUCCUGCCACUAGAAGACAUCUCAGUGGGCUGGCAUCUGUCACAGUGUUGUGAUAAACGAUCGUUUUUCGAGUGUUAAAAUUAUAAUGAUAAUUGUCUAGAACUAAAAUGAAGCAAGGUUUUUUUUACCAAAUGAGAUGUUUCGUUGUAAGCUUUGAUAUUAGACGCAGUGAAUGGUAUUCCUGAGGUCAAUGUUUCUGUUACAUUUUCAACUAAAUCAUGAUUAAUCAUUUACUCGCUUGCAGAAUGUUGAAUUCAUGAUUCACGCAACCAGUUUAAGAACCACCGUUCGGUCUGCUAUGUUCUAAAAGGCUUUCUGUUAUUUUGAGCUUUUUUUUUCGUUUGAGUGAUACUCUUCUUUUGUAAAGAAAAUGAUUGUGGUAAAAAUUUGUAAUGAUUGUAUUAUAAAAAAUUUGGUGCCUGAUUAUAGCGGGUAGUCGUUUCAACAUGUAAAUUUGCAUGAUGUAAAUAUACGUCAGUAAUAAGGCUGCGUGCUCUAGUAAUUGCCGUUACGCUUUGUGCAUUCUUAUUAUUAAGAUACCAGAAGUGGAUAAAACAAUAAAACAAUGAGGACUUCUGAAGUAAUUAAUCAGGGGCGUGUUCCGGGGGGGUCCAGGGGGUCCGGACCCCCCCCCUGCUUGCCCAAAAAACGCAUCUAAAAUGGUCUAAUUU